GGUGAGAGGAGCGGGCGCCAAAUCCCCCCAGCCAUAUCCUCGUCCCCCGCCAAUUGCCAGGCCCCGCCAGCAAUGCACCGCUGUACACCUGCCGCUGGUGCAUGCAGUGGGUGUCUCCAUCCACUACUGUGUACAAGCCCACAGUCCCAUCGUACCUUCCCUUCAAUGACGUAUCGUCGCAGCAGAGCCCCGGCACACCAGUAGUACCUUCGUCUGACGGGCAGCAGCUACAGCUACUGCUGCUGCAACUGCAACUGCAAGAGCUCCUGCUUCUUGCCCCUCCCCCUCCUCCUGCUCGUGCACCCCGCUGCUGCCAACCCCACCCCAUGUCAACAAUAAAACCAUUGGCACCCCUCCUUCUCUCAACUUGGGCACAUCCCAUUCCUUCUCCCACACUUCAACCAAUCUUCUCACCGUCGCACCCAGGUCUCCUUUUGUCCUGUUCGGUUCAGAGCUAGAAUUAGAACUCUCUGUCUGCGUUUGCAUCUCGUCUUUCCCCUCAGGUCUCAUUACGACUCUCGGUUCCUAGACCAUCUAGACCCCCCCACCUUGUCACCAAACAAACAAACAGAAACACCUGCACAUCAGCACCCACCUCAGCCAUCAUGUCCGGCCAGAAGAUUACCACCAUCUUGUUCGACUGCGACAACACCCUCGUGCUCUCUGAGGAGCUCGCCUUCGAGGGCUGUGCGGACCUCAUCAACAAGAUCUGCAAGGAGCGCGACAUCAAGAUCGAGAAGCCCUUCACCGGCGAGACCCUCAUCACCGAGUUUGUCGGCCAGAACUUCCGCGGCAUGCUCACCACCCUGCAGAAGCAGCACGGCUUCGAGAUCAGCCCAGAGGACCUGGACAAGUACGUCGUCCAGGAGGAGGACGUCGUCAUCGCCAAGCUCAAGGAGGCCCUCAGGCCCUGCGAGGGCGUCGAUGCCGAGCUCGAGAAGCUCGCCAAGUCCGGCAAGUACCACCUGGCCGUCGUCUCCUCCUCUGCCCUGCGCCGUGUCAAGGCCUCCGUCGACAAGGUCGGCCAGGACAAGUACUUCGGCAAUGACAUCUUCAGCGCCGCGACCUCCCUCCCCAAGCCCACCAGCAAGCCUGACCCUGCCAUCUACCUGCACGCCCUCAAGACCCUUGGCAAGACCGCCGAGGAGUCAGUCGCAGUCGAGGACUCCAAGUCGGGCACUCUUUCUGGCACGCGUGCCGGGAUCAAGGUCAUUGGCUACGUCGGCCCCUACCCCGACGACAAGAAGGCCGAGAUGGAGAAGGUGCUCCGCGAUGCAGGCGCGGUCGUUGUCAUGAAGGAUUGGAAGGAGUUCCCGGCUGCACUGGAGCAGAUUGAGAGUGGCAAGGCCUAGAUUUCGGAAAGUGCGACUGACUCCUCUCCUUCUUGUCUGAAAUUUGUUGGUUUUUAGCGGGAUAUCAAAAGUGGCAGCUACAAUGAUGAGCCUGGGAAAACGAUUAACGACCUCGGAAGUCACGACUGGUAGAUAAUAAACCAUGUGGAGCAUCUG